GCUGCCCAAGCAUAUGCUGCUCCUAGAUGUAAAGACCAGAUGGAACUCUUUGUAUUUGAUGAUGGAGAGAUUCCGCGAGCAGUUCCCUGCCAUCCAGGCUGCAGCCAUCGAUCCACGGAUAAGAAAGUCCAUAGAAAAGGAAAGACUGGCUAAACUGGGCAAUGAUGACUUAAGAAAAGCAGAGGAGUUUGUGGUACUCAUGCGGAAGCACUACAUCUCCACACUAGCAGUGUCCAGUGACAAAAGUCCGACCUGUGGUGAGAUUUUGCCCAUCCUGCAAAAGCUACAGCAACACUACACCGUACGAGAAGAUGACUCUGCCUUCACAAGGAGCAUAAAGGAGAACAUUUGGAAAGAUCUUUCCAAACGAUACCAGGACGCUGAUAUCAAGAGCUUCCUGGAGGAGGCCACCAUCUUGGACCCCCGAUUUAAAUCCAAAGUGGAUAAGGAUGAAGUCUGGCACAGGAUCAGGGAAGCAGCAAUUGCAGCAAAGACAGAGGCAGGAGCAGAUGAGCACCUGGAGCCAGGACACACACAGGGAGAGUUGUUCGAAGAUGAGGAUGAAGAAGACUAUGUGCCACCAGUAAAGCAAAAAAAAAAAAAAACGGCCUUGGAGGAACUCUUUGAAGAAGAGGACAACGAGCUGCAGUCAUUCCAACAACGGCAGCCGAUUCUUUCCCCGACCCAGAGAGUGGAUCAGGAGAUCCAGCUGUAUAGAAGCCUAACCCCCAUCCACUGCAAGGAUAACGCCGCCCUAUGGUGGUGGAGCAAGAGAGAGACUCUGCCCCUGCUGUCAGCACUGGCUGAAAGGUUUCUAUGUGUGCAGGCAUCCUCCACCCCGUCUGAGAGGGUGUUCUCCACAGCUGGAGAGACCAUAAGUCCAGAAAGAUCACGUAUCCUUCCUGAAAAAGCAGAUAUGCUUAUAUUUCUGCAAAAGAAUCUUUAAUUCUCCAUAGUUGAUGGAUGCAGAAUUGCAAAGUGCACAGUUCCAUUGGACUUGAGUUGAUUGUAUUUUUUGCUGGCUGAUAUAGUUUUAUUUUUGAGUGCCCAGCUCAUAUAUACUUUUAAAAAGGAGAGUGUGAAUGUUACUGGACUUUC